ACUGUUUUACUCCCAGUGUACAUUUAGGUUGAUUUGUGUCUGUGCUGCUGGUCAUCAGGUUCCUCUUUGUGUGUUUGAAAGGUGUCUGUGGAGCUGAAUCCCGGUCUGUCUCCUCCGUCAGUUCUUCCUCCUGGAGUGGGUCUGGUUCAUGUGCGAGGGCUGGGACUCAAUGACACGCUGCACUUCUUGCUGUGUAACGCUGGAGCUCCUGCGCUGCUGAUGGUGCACACGAACAGCACUCGGUCAGCAGUGAAGGUGAACUGGCCUGAGUUUAUCAACAGCAGUUCAGUGGGCAGCCUGAAGGUGGAGCCGCAGAGCAGCGUGCAGUACAGCAGCGCACUAGUGUUCACCAGAGUGUGGGAGUAUGAUGAUGUCAAUAACACCGCGGACCCCCAGCAGACAGCAGAGUCCAGCUUUUACCCUCCUUACGAGCCGCAGAACUUCCUCUGGUCGCUGAACGUCAGUGUUAACCAGACGGAUGUGACAGUAACGCUGUGUGGUCGAGAGAAAACAGAGAGCUUCGUCAACGGCUCCCUCUGUCUGCAGUUCUCAGCGUUUGAGUCGGAGGGUCGUGAUGAAGUCUGGCCGAGUCUCCGUCACAACGCGAACUCCUCGCAGCUGCGCGUGUGGCUGGACGACGUCACGCCGCGAGGAAACGACUCCAGAUUCGCUCUUGAGUUUCAGUCUGUCGGAGAAUCAGGGUUCGAGGGACGAGUGGACGUCCACAGCUCUAUAGACGAUGAGUACACACCCUCCAUCUUUAAGGUGUCUCAGUGGGUGUCAUCUCUGGUGAACAGCAGCGGUGUUGUGGGUUAUAAUCAGUGGAAACCCGUGGCGUAUCGUAAACCUCGGCCGGUGUUUGAGGACGCCACACCAUGCAAACACUCCCAGCUGGUGUCUGUGAACCACAUCCCUCGGUCCGGUCUGGUCCAGGCCUAUUUCACAGACCAUCCUCACACACACGGCCUGAACAUCAGCUUCGGCAUCGCUAAAGACCCCGUGUUUUACAGCAACUCCAAAUACAUCACCUGGACUGUGUUAGUGGGCUUGGGUGAGCCUCCGGCCGAUUCGUUCUCCGCAUUAAUCAUCAUCAUCAUCACCGUCGGACUUGGUACUCCUCUGGCCAUCAUUAUUGUGGGUGGAGUGUUUGUUCGGAUCCGCAAGAGGAUGUCACACUCGUCAGGCUAUGAGCCAAUCAACUGAGACCUUACUCUACAAGCCCCGCCCCCAAUGCACACACCUGCCAAUCAGUGAUGAGGUUACUGACGAGUGGAUAAGGGAUUUCAAUAUAACUGUAUAAAUUUGAAGUUUUGAUUUAAAUGUUACAUACUGAUUUUUUACACCUUUAUACUUGAAUCUCAUUCUGAUCAAUCGAUCGCAGAUCAAAACUAAAAGUGCAAUGGAGAUAUUAUUUGAUUGUUUUGUUUUUAUGCCAUCAUUUUGUAUACUUGAUGUUUGUUUGUGCCAAAAUCCUGCUUGUAAAAUCGAUUUAAUUGACCAGAUUGAUGACAGCUGCACAUAUUUUAAAGAUUUAAAACAUUGUUUUCUCUUUAAUUCUGAAAUCUAUGCAAAUGCUUCCAUAUUUAAUGGAAACUGCACUGUUCUCGCUGGGUUCAGUUUGUUUAGUUGUGAUGUUUUUACAGAACUGUGAUUCACGGGAGAGUUCAUGGUGAAGGCGUUUUAUAAACGUUAAUUUGCACCAUGAAGAAAUCCUCCUUUUGUUGUUGUUUCUGUUGCCUUUCGUGACUUAUCAAAAUGUAAAUAUAGAUUAUUUUCACUAUAUAAAUGUGUUCAACACUUUGUGGA